UUAAUAUGCCAUGUGGGUAUACAGGGGCCUAAAGCCCCCCUCCAGCGUUUGAAAUGUUCUCGUGCGUGCUGGAGCUCCACGCAACACGUCCGAGACGGGUCAGUGCGGAGUUUGUGAUCCAGAAAUGAUCACCCAACAUCGGUACCUGACCUCACUAAAGUUCCUACUGAAUGCAAUCAAAUUUUCACAGCACUGAAUGUUCCAGGUGCAGUAGUCUAGUGUAAGGCCUUCCCGGAAGAGUGGAGGCAGUAACUGCGGGAAAGGAAGGACAAACUCCAGUGAGUGGACAUUAGCAGGCGGAUCAUGAGUCCUGCUUUUACGACAGCGUGUGUAAGGGACUCGGGCUCGGGGUCGUAGCUCCAUGUUAUUGUCUGUAUGCUGAACGCUGACAGGGGGUUGGGCCCUGUGGGCGCGUCUUUAUGUUGGCCACGUUCGCCAUUUCAGUCGAGACCGGCAACUUCUUCGUAACGGCUGCAAAGGGCAUCUGAGUGUGAGAAUCAAGAGCCAGAAUGGUUAAAAUAUUCGUUGGGAACCUUUCCCCAAACACAACAACAGAGGAGCUUCGCUCUCUGUUUUCUCAGUAUGGUAAAAUAUCAGAAUGUGAUAUUGUGAAGAACUUCGGCUUCGUCCACAUGGACGACAAAGCUGAGGCUGAGGAAGCCAUUCGAAACCUUCACCACUACAUGCUCAACGGCCUUGCCAUGAAUGUGGAAAUGAGCCGAGGAAAACCAAAAGCCUCCACUAAGCUUCAUGUGGGAAACAUCAGUAGUAGUUGUACCAACCAGGAGCUGCGGGCCAAGUUUGAGGAGUAUGGCCCUGUGGUUGAGUGCGACAUUGUGAAGGACUAUGCCUUUGUACACAUGGAGCGGGUGGAGGAUGCUAUGGAGGCCAUCAGUGGGCUGGACAACACAGCCUUUCAAGGGAAACUGAUCAGCGUGAAGCUUUCGACUAGCCGCCUGCGUACUGCGCCGGGAAUGGGAGAGAGGACGGGUUGUUAUCGGUGCGGGCAGGAAGGCCACUGGUCCAAAGAGUGCCCGCUUGACCAGAAUGGCUCCUACCGAGAGGGCCCGGGCUCGGAAGGAUACGGUCCCCCCAGGUUCGGUGGGGGUGGUGGUCGCGGCGGUCGCGGUUUCCAUCGUGGUGGCUUCAAUGGUGAGCCGGCCUACAGUGCCAACUAUGCGCCCGCGCACAGCUUCUCUCGGGGAGCCGCUUACCCCAGUGCCACUGGGUUCGGAAGGGGCACGGGCUAUGACGGCGCAGUGAGUUACGGUGUCCCGCCGGGCUACAGCGUUGGUGCGGUGUAUGGCAGUGAGGCGGCGUACGGCAACAGUGGCGCGGGCUAUGGCAGCGCGGUGCCCGGGUACCCCAUGCGGCGAGCGCCCUAUGACGAAAGGGAUCCGUACGGGGUGGUGGACUACUACGAAAAGUAUCGGGCGCGUCCGUAUGGAACCGGUUAUUUCGAAGACAGACGCGCCGUCCCUCUUCCUGCCCCUCCUCCCCCUACGUCUUCGACCAUCGCGAGAGACCGCCUGUCCUCCUCUAACCUUGACCCAUAUGAGCGACGCCCCAUCCCCCCUCCACCGGCUCCCGUGUCUUCAUACUAUACCCGCGAUCGGAGCCCAAUCCGACGAAUCCCCGUAGAGGGGGAAGGAUAUUCGUACGAUCGGUCGCGCAUCUCCCCUGUUUCUUCGCUCAACCGGAGUUCUGCGUACGACAUGUCGCGGGACCCUUACGGCGACCGGGCGCGUUAUGCGUUCUAACCUAACACCUGUCCAGUUAGUAAAGGUCCACACACGCACUGUGUUGUACAGUAAAUAUUUCUCUAAAGUGAUGUAUCUGGACUUUCAGGUGUGCGUAGCUUUUUUGUAUGAAAUGAAAUCCAUACUAACAAAUGAAAUAAUCUGUGGACGAGAUUGAUCUGAGUAGUUUGGCUUAUAGACACAAGACAGAUAUGAUGGCAGAAAACCCCAACAGUUCUUUAAAGAUUAAUUGGUUGUGUUUUGGAGUGAUAGAGUGGCACCAAGAAUAUAUCAAAAGGCUUUCAGAGUCCUAGCCCUUCACCUGUUCUGCAAAAAUAGAGAAUGAUUGUGUAGUUGGGAUCUUCAGUAUGGCUUAAAGAAAGCUAAGUAAUUGUGAACUAGAUAGGAUAAUUUUUUUUAUCAUUUUUUUUUUUAUUAAAGUAAAAAUAUUGCUUUUUUUCCCUCGGAUGCGAUUUUGCGUUGGACAGCUGAUUGGACAGCUGAUUGCUAGCCUCCUUUUGGACAUGUUUGUUGUUUCCCUGUGAGGCUAUAAGACCUAGGCUAAUGUUGUAGAAGUCUCUUGAAUGGCUGUUGGUGACAGUUUCAUUACUGUCUGGAAAAUUUGCUAUAAAAUCUAGUUCUUUAGUGUAUGCUUAAAAUGUCCGGGACCCAGGUUUGAAUUAGAAUGCUUGAACCGCUUUUUGAAUAUCUCUGGUGGCAGCAUGAAGUCGUGAAGAAACUUGUGCUUACCUUUGCGCUCUCAGAUGGUGCUAGAUAAUGGGGGAGAUUUCAGACAGCAGUUAGUAAUUUGCAAUGACUGGCAUUGGGGAGAUGGGUAAAAGCUCCAGAAAACACAAGAAAAAAAACUGUGUUGUGAUGAUGAUCUGCUUCCUUUACAGAUGUUCCUCAAUUGCACCUCCACCGACGUAAUUAUUCAGUCACUGCAAUUAAUAAAUUCUGGCUGGAUUGUGAAGUUGCAAACAAUGCACUAUGCCAUCUUAUAGCAGUUGUUUUUUUUUGUGUUUAUCAUCACAAAAGUUUCUCAUUUAAACUUAAUAAUUACCUGUACAUGAUGCAGUGCACAUGUUGGCAUUAGCAUCUGAAGAGAGUUUAAUUUUCUGAUUCUUUCACAUGUAGAAUUUUUAUAAACUUUGUAGGAUGGUCCGGCGCUUUUUUCUUCUUAAAUUUAAUUGUUCCACAAUUGUUUACACAAUGUUUUACUUUUUUAUUAAAUGCAUGCUUCUAAAGUUCAAAAUGGUCUUGUACAACAUCGCAUAAAAAUUGUUCUACAGCAUCAUUCCUUUGGCUUACAGUGUGAAUUAGUAUUUGAAUGAGUAUUUAAAUGUGUUAAAUAUUUUAAUCAAUUCAUAAUUCACCUCUAAAGCAUAUAGCUAAUACUGGCUGAGACGUGAUUUAGGGCGUUUUCAGAAGGAUUGUGUACGAACAGAAACGCAACACUGCCUGCAACAUUCAAAUGAACAUGCAACAGUAAACUGGUCCCAGGUGAGUUAUGGUAUUUCAUAAUUUGCUUUUUUUUUUCUUUCUGUGUAAUAAAAGUGCCUCCCUGCAUUAGAAGUGUGUUCAGAGUUUUUAAAAGCCAUUUGUACGCAUUUAACUUUAGACGCAUGCAUUUCAUUAAAAGAAUCUUUCAUUAAAAGUCUUUGAAAAAUUAAAACCUUAAAACAACUCCCAACAAUCCAGUUGGUUAUAUAAAAUCAAUGUAAAGGCAAAUACAUUGUACCAGUGAACAUGAGCUAUGAUCUAGAAACUGGAGUAGGCGUAAAUAGCCCAGUGAUACAUGAUCAGAUGUGUGUGAUUAUUUCUGCAUUUGGAAUUUAAAUGCCCACUGCAACAAGCAAACAAGGGGCUUGAGUUGCUUGCAGGGAGUGCAUAUGCACUGCUAGCCCUCAGGGUGCAGCGUAUGCACCCUUGCUUAAGAUGGUGUGUCUUUGAGAAGAUCUAUCCACCUUUCAGUUUCCUCUUAUUUACAGCAUUUCUUCUGUCAGUCCCCAGCCUGCAAUAACGAAAAAUGUUUUGGAUCGUUCCAGGUUUAAUAACUUAAGGUGCAAAAUGUAAUCUAGACGUAAGCAGUUAAAUUCAUGUUUAGUUUUUCCCGAUGUUCAGUUUCUACAGUAAUAAAAUUCCGGUUCUAAGGGGGCUAUUAGAGGGAUCCUGAUGGAAGCUGGACUCUGACAACUGACACUGCUCACUGUGCAAGAUGGCUUGUAUUUCAUCAUGGUGUUUUACAGCUCCUGUUCAACUUAACGACAUAAAAUCCCACUGUUACACAGAAUAAUGUGAUGUUUACCUGAAGUGAACUGCUUUGUAUUAAAAUUACCAUGUGGCAAAAGUAGUAGGCCUGACUCUGCAGUUUCAGCUUAAGCAGUGUUAUGAAUAUUUAGUGACCAAUUGUAUUUCAGUAAUGUCCUCAAUAAAACUACUGUAUUUACAUGUU